AUGCGUGAAGAAAGAGUUGUUGAGAGAAAGAUGGAAGGAGAGCAUAGACACACAGUGUUAGCCAAGUUCAAGGAGAAUAUUGAUCUCCCAGUGAUAUUGGGUGAGUUGCAGGAGCUGGUCUCAAAGCUUGACUUUGUGAAAUCAUAUGAAUGGGGAACUGCACAAGAAGGGAAAAGGCACCAAGGCUUCACACACGUCUUUGUGAUUACAUUCUUUGAUGCAAAUGGUUUGAAGGAGUAUGUUGCUCAUCCUGCACACAGGGCUUAUGCCAUAAAAUUCGUGGAGGCUGUGGAAAACCUCAUCAUCCUUGAUUAUGUUCCCAUCCUUGCCAAAUCUCCUGCCUAG